GCCAAAAAACUGGGCGUGUCUGGUACUGUCUGUGUUUUCGUCCACAUUUUGAAUUGGCAAGUUGUGGAAGGCAGCUAUUGGCGUCCGUUGUAGGUGCGUCUUUUAUCCUCCAAUCAGCUUCAGGUUUACCCAGAUAUCUCCAAAAGUUGAAAAGGACACUCUGAGGGGCGUGAGCGGCAGUAGCGUCCACACCAGAAUCACCGCCUGACACUUUGAGGGCUACUCUCGACCCGGAUCAGCUUCGAAUUCACUAGUGUGCAUCUUGGUCUCCACUCUAACAAGAGCAAAGACAGGUCUACCGGCAAAACCUGAACAAAAAUGGCCUUGCCAAGGGUCUUCUUCGACAUUACCGCUGAUGGUAAGCCUCUGGGGCGUAUUACCAUGGAGCUCCGAGCUGAUGUUGUCCCCAAGACGGCAGAGAACUUCCGUGCCCUGUGUACUGGAGAGAAGGGCUUUGGGUACAAGGGGUCGAGCUUCCACCGUGUCAUCCCUCAGUUCAUGUGCCAGGGGGGUGACUUUACCCGGGGGAACGGCACCGGAGGCAAGAGCAUCUACGGCGAAAAGUUUGCAGAUGAGAACUUCCAGCUGAAGCACACUGGCCCAGGUAUCCUGUCCAUGGCUAAUGCUGGCCCGAACACCAACGGUUCACAAUUCUUCCUGUGCACUGUAAAGACAAACUGGCUGGACGGCAAGCACGUAGUGUUCGGGAGUGUUGUGGAGGGAAUGGACGUGGUGACGGCUGUCGAGAGCUACGGCAGCAAGCCGGCUGGUAAAACCUCGGCAAAGAUCGUCAUCGCCGACAGUGGGCAGCUGUAACAGGGCACCGGCAUAGGCCCUGUUUCCUAUCAAUAUAUGCUAGAGUUCAGUUCAGAAGCCGCGUAUGUCUCUACUAGGGUGCAAUCAUGAUACGUACAC